AUGCCAGGAAUAAGGACUAAGGAGGAAGCAAGUCUUGAUUUUGCCAUGCUCGAUGGGUCGAACUUAAGACUGGUUUUUGAUUCGUGCAUCGGCAAUCAAGAAAACCCUAACCUGAAUCCUAACUCUAACCCUAAUCCCGAGCAAGAGGAAUCUGGCGAGGAGUCAGAGGGAGAAAAUUAUUUUGCGGAUAUCCCACGUGGGCAGCUAAGGGGUCCUAUUGAAGAUGACAGGAGGCGUCCUAUCGAGGAUGACAAGAGGCGUUGGGAGUCUGGGAUGCGAACUGAAAUUCCAGAAUUUCAUGGCAGCCUUAACCCUGAGGAGUUUCUUGAUUGGCUGGCCACUGUUGAGGAGAUCUUGGAAUUUAAAGGAGUGCCCGAAGAUAAACGUGUACCGCUGGUGGCAAUCAGAUUGCGAGACCGAGCCAAGAGAUUGAUGUACCAGCGUCUGCAAAACUUACGGCAAGGAACUCGAACGAUAGAUGAAUAUACCACGGAGUUUUUUCAACUUAUAGUCAGGAAUGAGGUACAUGAGACUGAAGAUCAAUUGGUGGCGAGGUAUAUUGGAGGGUUACGGGUGCAGAUUCAAGACACCGUCAAUAUGUUUGAUCCACCCAGUGUCUCGGCUGCACAUCAAAGGGCUCUACAAGUUGAGAAGCAGUCCCGACGCAAUAGCGAUUUCGGGAAUACCUCCAAUAUAGGGAGCAGUAGUGGUGCGAAUCGUUAUGGAGGUAGUGGUGGUAGUGGUGCAGCGAACCGACCUGGAGGGGUAGCCAACAGAAAUAUCGCCAAUACAAGCCAGUCAAAUAGACCAACGGGUAAUGGGAUGAGUUGCUUUGGAUGUGGUGAGGUUGGUCACAGACAGUUCGAGUGCAGGAAGACCGCUGGCAAAAAGGCAUUCUUCGUUGACACGGAGGAAGGUGAAGAAGAGGAUUUGGAUGAAGCCGAAGAUCCAGUAUUUGAUAGUGAGGAGGUCGUUGAUGAGGAAUUAGUGACUGGAGACACAGGAACGAUACUAGUUGUUAGGCGUUCAUGCUUAACGCCUAAGGUUGCUGACGACAAUUGGCUGAGGCACAAUAUUUUUCAAUUUACAUGCACUGUCCGUGGAAAGGUGUGUCGUUUUAUUAUUGAUGCUGCUAGUUGUGAGAAUAUUGUCUCUGUAGAGACGAUGCAAAAAUUGGGCCUCAAGACGGAGAAACAUCCUAAGCCUUAUAAACUGGCAUGGCUGAAAAAAGGGGGCGAGGUUAAUGUAUUAGAACGUGCAUUGGUUUCUUUCUCCAUUGGCUUGAAAUAUAAAGAUGUUGCGUGGUGUGAUGUGGUGGCGAUGGAUGCAUGUCACUUAUUGUUGGGGAGGCCUUGGCAGUAUGACCGCCGUGUAGUUCAUGACGGACGGACUAACUCAUAUAGUUUUAUGUUCGAGAAUGUGAAGAUAGUGCUAGUGCCCAGCAGAGAGACGGAGAAACCACCUUGUAUGAGUGGAGAAACGAAACUCUUGUCAUUGGCGAGGUUCGAAGAAGAGGUGGACGAGUCACAGCUAGUUUAUGUGCUAAUCGGAAAAGAGGUGGUUGCUGAAGUGUCAAUCCCAACCGCAGCCGCACUCGUAGUGGUUGAGUUUGUGGACAUCUUUCUUAAUGAGCUUCCCGAUGGUUUACCACCCUUGCGUGAUAUUCAGCACCGAAUUGUCUUGGAGCUAGGAGCAGCACUGCCAAAUAGACCCCAUUACAGGAUGAGUCUUGGGGAGCAUGAGGAGUUGCGGAGGCAGGUUGAGGAGUUGCUGGCCAAGGGACAUAUCCGUGAAAGCCUGAGUCCCUGCGCAGUUCCGGCCCUGCUUACACCCAAGAAGGAUGGCUCGUGGCGCAUGUGUAUGGAUAGUCGAGCCAUUAAUAAAAUUACGGUCAGUGGUGCAACGGUGUUUACGAAACUGGAUUUGAAGAGUGGAUACCAUCAGAUUUGCAUAAAGCCCGGCGACGAGUCGAAAACAGCUUUCAAGACACGUGAAGGGUUGUAUGAGUGGAUGGUGAUGCCUUUUGGGCUGUCUAACGCACCAAGCACUUUUAUGCAUGUGAUGAACCAGGCCUUGCGACCAUUCAUCGGCAAGGAGAAAUUCUAUGCUGCCCUUAAGAAGUGUGUAUUCUUGGCAUCGAAUGUCUUAUUCCUUGGGCGUUUCAUCCCUCACUUCAGCACAAUUAUGGCGCCUUUAACAGAUUGCAUGAAGAGUGGAAAGUUCGCGUGGACGGAGGAAGCGGAGAAGGCAUUCCAGCUUAUCAAGAUGCGUCUUAUGACUGCCCUAAUAUUAGUCUUGUCUGAUUUUGCUCAGCCCUUUGAAUUACAUUGUGAUGCUUCUAAAGUGGGCAUUGGAGCAGUUUUGAGCCAAAACAAUAGGCUUGUCGCAUAUUUUAGUGAGAAGCUGUCUAGGGCUAAGUUAAAGUACAAUACCUAUGUUGUGGAGUUCUAUGCAGUAGUACAAGCAGUCAGGCAUUGGCGGCAUUAUUUGUUUCAUCGGGAGUUUGUGCUUUAUACUGACCACGAGGUGUUGAAACACCUUCACCGCCAAGAUAAGGUGUCCCCACGGCAUGCCUCAUGGAUUGCUUACUUACAACGUUUUUCCUUCGUGGUGAGCACAAGUCGGGGGUGA